AUGCUGAAGCAACAUGCUGAAGCAAAUGGACCAAAAGAUCCAUUUCGGAUUGAGAUGGCUGAUAAGCUCUUAGAAAAGCUGUACAAUAUUGGCGUGAUUCCAACCAGGCAAAGCAUUACACUUUGUGAUCGUCUAACAGUGUCAUCCUUUUGUAGGCGUAGGCUUGCAACUGUUUUGGUGCGAUUAAAAUUUGCCGAGUACUUGAAAGAAGCUGUCACAUACAUUGAACAGGGGCAUAUAAGAGUUGGUCCAGAGACAGUCACUGAUCCUGCAUUCCUUGUAACCAGAAAUAUGGAAGACUUUAUCACAUGGGUGGAUUCAUCGAAGAUAAAGAGAAAGGUUCUACAGUACAAUGACAAAUUGGAUGACUAUGAUCUAAUGAACUGAGGCAUGGAUUUGGACAUCGCCGUAACAGCCAACUGCUUCAGAGUUGAACUGUUGAGUUUUUUUUUUUUUUUUUUUGGGGUUAGGAAAAAAUACAAGGUAGAAUUUGGAGGGAUGGGGUACGGAUUGAAUGCCAGCAUGGGUUGUAUUGAAUUUGUUGGGGCUUUUUUUUUUUGGGUAUUUAUGUGUCGAAUUUUGGUCUUUCGGUAAUCAAGCUUGAUAUCUAAGCAUUCGGUUAUAGUACAAAUUUGCCCAUGAAGUUUCCAUCCAGAUGCACCUCAUAUUUUAAAGUAUUUUGUGGUACAAUUUUGUCCUGUGGUUAGAGUUUGAUUAUGUUGACUGUUAAGUUGAAAAAUUGACUGUUAUAUGCCAUGCGAGUUGGCCAUGUGGCAUUCACGUGUCAUUUGUCUACCCUGCCCCUUUCACUUUUCUCUUCCAAGCCCAUGUGCAGUUCACGUCUUCCCUCCCGUUUCUUCUUCUUUCUCAGAUUCCAAUCCCCAUGACCACUUCAAUCAUAUCCCUUUGGUCUACCAUUACUGUCGCUUCCUCCUUCUCCUCUCCCCUUAAACUUCAUUGGAGAUAGCGAGUAGCAGCAGUGGUCGAGUCCAAUUACCUUCUUCUCUGAGAACCUCAAAUUGCUUCUCUGAAAUCAUUGCCCCUAUCGCAUUUGCCUUCCUCUCCAAGCACCACUAAUUAUGACACCGUAUCAGCCAUACUCAUCCAAGUAUUUUUUUUUUUUUUUUCCUUUUUCUAAUUUUUGAGGUCUGCUUCAACAAGUCUGGAAUUUGAAAUCAAGUGUUGACUCCACUGUCGCUGGUUCCACUUGUGACGAAGCAGGAAGCUUCUUUUAUACUGGGUUCGAUCAUGGCCUGAUACAAGCUUUUCAGACUCCUCGCGAAUUUUUAUCAACUCUAUGGAUUAGUCACAUAUGGGUUUUGGAUUCUUGCUCCUUUUGAAAGAUGGUUUUUGUGAUAGGUAUUGUGGGACUAAUACAAGCUUUUCCUGUGAUAUGUUAUGGGACUUCUA